CGCCGGUCGGUUCCUCCUCCUCCUCCUCCCAGAGAAGCUUCGCCGGACGGGCUCCAGCGCUUCGGGGAGGCAGGAAGGGAGGGAGAGAGGGAGGGAGGGAGAGAGGAGGAAGCGACCGCGGUUGCAGGCAGGCAGGCAGGCGCCGGCAACCGGCUCGGCUCUGGGAGUCAUGGAGCGCUGGAAGAACCGGGUGGCGCUGGUCACGGGCGCCUCGGCGGGCAUCGGAGCGGCCGUUGCUCGGGCGCUGGUGCAGCACGGGUUGAAAGUGGUGGGCUGCGCCCGGAGCGUGGACAAGAUCGAGAAGUUGGCAGCCGAGUGCGAGAGCGCCGGCUAUCCGGGCGUCCUCAUCCCAUAUAAAUGUGAUCUCUCGGUGGAAGAAGAGAUUCUCUCCAUGUUCUCCGCCAUCAAGACUCUCCACCAGGGCGUUGAUGUCUGCAUCAACAAUGCUGGCUUGGCGCGGCCGGAACCUUUGCUGUCUGGCAAGACCGAAGGUUGGAGAACCAUGAUAGAUGUCAAUAUCUUAGCGGUCAGCAUUUGCACGCGAGAGACUUACCAAUCCAUGAAGGAAAGAAACAUUGACGAUGGACACAUCAUCAACAUUAACAGCAUGAGUGGUCACAAGGUGGUCCAAGAGUCGGUCGUACACUUUUACAGCGCCACAAAGUACGCUGUCACGGCUUUAACCGAAGGGCUUCGGCAGGAACUAAGAGAAGCAAAGACACAUAUACGAGCCACGUGUAUUUCACCAGGUCUGGUCGAGACCGGAUUCGCUUUUAAACUGCACGAUAAUGAUCCGGAAAGAGCUGCGGCCAUAUAUGAGAGUAUUAGGUGUCUAAAAGCUGAAGAUAUGGCCAACGCUGUAAUAUAUGUUCUCAGCACUCCACCUCAUGUACAGAUCGGCGAUAUUCAGAUGAGACCCACCGAGCAAAUGUCAUAGCUGAGGAAGAAGAGGAUGGCACAGCCUUUCUCAAAACAGGGUUUUCUUCAGAUGAUCCAGUGACUUUCUAAGGGCCUCAUGGGGGAAGGCCCUGACCCACAGCCCCUUCGGCCAUCUCGGUCUCCUCAGCUGAGCUGACCUCAGUGGAAACUGACAGGAAAAAAAAAUCCAGUCCUCGCCAUAAUUCCUCCACUCAUCCUUGGUUCUGUCCACCAUGGUUAAUUUGUAAGCCACCAUUCCCAGUGCACCACGUCCAUGUCACCGGAUUCUGAUGUUUUUGGGAGAAAGGGACCAACGGCGGAUCCAGAUGACGAACAUUUCAUGAGCUGAUUCCUUCAGCUACCCUUUGUGACUUGCAACCAAUGUACGGUUUUUCUGGAAAUGCAUUGAAACCGAAACGCUACCUGUUUUUUUCUUCCUAGGUCUGUGAUGGUGGACCAGAUGGUGCACGCAGGGACAUCUCUCUCUGGGCACGCCAGCUGUUGUGAUGUCGCCCAUUGCUCUUCCAGGUUCCAGCACUCGCUGGUCAGCUGGUCUUUGCGCGCAUGGGAGUGCCGGAAACUAGAAGAGCAUCUCCCAGUGAGCAACAUGCACACCAGACACCGGGUCUUCCAGGUUUUUAAGGUGCAUGUGUGUACGAAGACUAGCUGGCCAGCAGGCAUGCGUGUUAAAAGCCGGCUGGCCAGCCGGUUUUCCGGCUUCUAACGUGCACACAUACACGUUAGAAGCCGGGAGACCAGGUGGCCAGUGCCAAAAAGAUUAACCACCACUGUCCUAGGUGGUCAUACCCCAAAAUGUUAAAAAAAGAAUAUUUUCCCUCUUCUGGGCACUGAGGAGUGGCCUUCAGACCCAUUAAAGGAGAAUGAAACGAAAUCCAGCUAGCUUAGAAGCGAUUUCCAUUCACUUAGAGCAGAGGUGGGCUGGGAUCGCAGGUUCAAAUCUUCACAGCUUUUUGGUUGAUCUA